AACACCCACACUACAGAGGCUCAGGGAGCAUUCAUAUUUGAGGGCAAGAUGAAGAAAGUCAAGCCCCCCUCCUCCAGGAGAGCUGAAAUCCAGCAUCUGUACGAAAGCUACGCCUCAGGCCAGAGCACUUUGCCUGCAUGUGACCUCGUCAGGUUCCUCCACAAGGAGCAGAUGGAGCUCACAGCAAACCAAGAGACGGCAGAGAGUCUGAUUGAAAGAUAUGAGAUUGAGGAAACGGCCAGAGAAAGCAGGUGCUUGACAUUUGAGGGAUUCCUCAGGUACAUGGAGUCCAAAGACUGCUGCGUGUUCGACCAGACCCACGCAUCCGUGUACCAAGACAUGGAUCAGCCUCUCACCAGCUACUUCAUCUCCUCAUCACACAACACCUACCUGACUGGAGACCAGCUCGUAGGAAAAAGCCACCUGGAUGCUUAUGUUUGUGCUCUGAGGAAAGGCUGUCGCUGUCUGGAGAUUGACUGCUGGGAUGGACCAGAUAUGGAGCCUGUCGUCUACCACGGCUACACACUGACCACAAAGAUUCUCUUUAGGGAUGUCAUCAAAACUGUGGAGCAACAUGCCUUCGAGGUGUCUGCCUGCCCGGUUAUCCUGUCGUUGGAAAACCAUUGCUCCAAGGAGCAGCAAGAGGUCAUGGCCCAGUACCUCAUCUCUAUCCUUGGGGAGAAGCUGCUGAGAGCUCCCUUGGAUCAUCUGACCACUGGAGACCUCCCAAGCCCAAAUGACCUGAAGUAUAAGAUCCUCAUCAAGAAUAAAAAGCUCAAGAAUAAGGCAGAAGGUGCAUCAGGGACAGAGAUAGAGGAGAGCGUAGAUGAAGGUGAGGAUGGUGAUGAGGAGGAUGAAGAAGACGAGGAUUUUCAAACCACGUCAAAGUUCUGGUCUGCGAGAAAGGCAGGGCCAAAGAAGAAAAAGGUGGUGGUGGCCAAAGUUUUAUCUGACUUGGUCAUUUACACAACGUCUGUCAAGUUCGUCAGCUUCAGUUACUCUAAGGACAAUCAGAGCUGCUACGAGAACACGUCUCUGGCAGAGAAGAAAGCAUGCAAGCUCGCCAGAUCCUCAGGUGCAGAUUUUGUUCAGCACAACCAGAAGUUCCUCUGCAGGAUUUACCCAGCAGCCUCCAGGACGUCUUCGUCCAACUACAACCCACAGGAGUUUUGGAACGUCGGCUCUCAGCUGGGUGAGUCGGAGAGCGAGAGAGUGAUCAGUGGGUCCAACCUUCCUAUCCCCCGGAGCGGCAAAGCUCUGGACCCCUUCGUCAGAGUGGAGAUUAAUGGGAUUGCAUCUGACUCCUGCAGAAAAAACACACACACUGUCAAACACAAUUCUCUGACUCCUCACUGGGACGCCGACAUGAUCUUCAACAUCAGCGUCCCCGAGCUCUGCCUCGUCCGCUUCUGUGUGCGAGAUCACACCGGCUUCCUCAGUAGUGACUUUGUGGGCCAGUACACUCUGCCCUUCAGCAGCCUGAAGAAAGGCUAUCGCUGGGUACCUCUCCUGUCCCGAGACGGAUGCAGUCUGGAUCCAGCCUCCCUCUUUGUCUUUGUCUGGUAUUCCUAAAAACAGACUCCCUCUCUUACACAC